GUAUUAACCAGUUGAAGCCCGAGAUAUGACUUAUGUUCCAAAGUACAGUGAUAAACAUAGUACAUAAAAGAAAACUUCGUUUACUCCAUUGUUGUCGGUGGUACAAUAUGUAUUGUUCAGGACAGUCAAACCUGCUUCCUUCUUCACCAACAGAUGCUGAAAAUGAUAAAGUGUACCAACGACGUGUACAGGCAUUGUCAAACAUGGCCCGCUUGUCGUACGGAAUGGCGGUGUUGGGGACGAUCAACGCCGUAUUGGGGAUCGUAAUAAUCGUGUCCCUGGACGAGUCACAAAGAGUAUAUCCUCUGAACACAGGUGUUUCUAUAUGGUCUGGUGUCUAUAUGAUUGUGGUCGGAACGGUAGGUAUCAUGACUUCCCGAACGUCUGAAAACCUCAAACAGGACAUCCGAAGGGAUUUGAAAUGCAAGUAUGGUCUGUUCUAUGGACUCUCCGUUUGUAGCUUGAGUAUAUGUGGGAUAUCGGCGGGCUAUAAUUGCGGGGGUUUAAGUUGGUGUGCCACACAAGGAUGUUCUGAGAACGGCAGCAGUCUUGUUCUUGUCCUUUCUUGUGUAGGAAUGGCCCUCUCGGUAGUCUUGGUUGGAUGUGGAAUAUGUGGAAUGGUUUUCUUCUUUAGGUACAGAAAUAACUUCCAAAUGUAUACUCCCGCCUAUCGUGCGAUGCUGAUUGAGAAGAAAAUUGAAAAUCUUCAGAGCCAGCUCAACCAAACAGGUGGCGACCAGAACUAUGAAGAAGUCCAGUCAGGAUUGGGAACGGUGGGAAAACCAACUGGAGUGCUCCUCCUCCUCCAGCUUAUAGCGAAAAAGCAUGAACAUAUCAACAGUAUCAGUAACAGGUGAAAGACAAGUGUGUUACCACUUUGCCAUCCGACCAAAGGGAUGAUUUCCAGACACAAACAAACGAAUGGACAGAAAACAUUAUACCAUCAUUUAUAUACAAUUGGCGUACAGUUCAGUGCAACAGGUAAACUCGUUAUGGUUCCAUGGUCAUAACCCUUGGGGUAGGGAACGAACAGUUCAACCCUUGGGCCUAUUUUUACAUCAGGAUUGUGUUCAUCUCUUGAUGCCCAGCAAGGCUAUAUAUGAUUUUGGGUUGGGGAUCUGAAUGGUUUCACAUAUAAAACAACAGUAAUAAGUCUUCAAGGGUGGGGGAAAGACCCCAAACCCCAAGGGAGAGGUGUCAGCCCCAUUAUUUGUAGAAAUUUGAAUCCCAGCCUCCUGGGGAUGUAACCAC